AUGCUGCGACGCUCAACCAAAAGCACAGCGCAACAUGAAACUCUUCGCACCAGCUCCACUGUCUGUUAUGCCCUUCUCGCGUCCUCCAGUCUCGCCGUCCAGGAAGAAACCAAGACGCUCGACGAGCUCUACGCUGACGCCAUCGCCGAAGGAGGCAACCUCGUUCUAUGCCACGGCGGAGGCUUCUCGGAGCAGCAGGAAACGUUGCAUGAAGCUUUCAGCAAGACCUUCCCGGAAAUCAAUUUCACGCUUAUCGUGGACUACAGCAAGUACCACGACGUGCGCAUCGACAACCAGCUCGAGAACGACAAGCUGGAGGGAAAGCUACUCGAGUACAAGCCCGCCAACUUCUCGCAGGUCUACGACGGCUUCCGCGAUCAACGCGGAGCCUACAUGGCCUACAUGAUGUUCACCUUCAGCUUCCUGUAUGACGAGACGGCACUGGAUGGUUUCACACCUCCCGAGUCACCGGCCGACCUCGUGGGCCCGCACUGGGCUGGCAAGAUCGCCUCAACUUACCCCAACGACGAUGACGCCGUGCUCUUCCUGUACACGCGUUAUGUUGAGAAGUACGGCUGGAACUGGGUCGAUGACCUCGCCAACCAGAACGUCACGUUCCGUCGAGGCUUCAACACUCCCAGCGGCCUCGUCACGGCCAAGGACAAGGCCAAGCACCCUGCGGCCGCCAAGCUCUUCAUGAACUGGGCCAUCUCGGAGGAGGUGCAGAAGACUGUCGCGGCCGAGAACGUGCGUGUGGAUCUUACGCCCAACAGUGCUCUAGCCACCCGUGGGAGAUCUGCAAGGCUAACGUGGACGAGUUCCCGAAGUUCAUGGCGGAUCGCGCGACUGUGGGAGCAGUGGCGCCAGAUGUUCACGCUGUACUUCGGUGAAGUGCCGAGUUUCCUUGGCCCGGGUCUGUAG